GAGUCAGUCAGAGCUUGUCAGGCUCAGGCAGUCCAACAGUGCUGGAGUGCCAGUGGUAGACCGAUCGUUCAAGUACAUCGGUUGCGAGAGUGUCGCGUACGGGAGAGGAAGAAAGAGAACGAGAGAAAGCAGAGAAAAAGAUUUUCAUCGCGUAAUCCUGCGGAUGAUAAAAAUCUUCAUAGGAGGUUCAAUAUGAAUUGAAUAGUCGGAGGGUUUCGUGGAGUGAAAGUUUUGUUUUCGAUCCCAACAAUUAAUGGGUGUGUGGCAGUGAUAUGAAAGAUCUUGUGAAGGAUUCAGGCUUCGGUCCGCCCAGGUGAGAUCGCAAAAAACACGGGGUUGUUUUAUUGCGAGAUUAUCGUGAUCCGGGCCACGGAAGUCACAGCCUCUCGCGGCUCAAAGGCAAUCCCUCGCUCCUGCCCCCCCAGCCCCUCUCCGUACCCUUUUUUUGUCUCGCUCUCUGUUAUCCCCGCCUGCCGCUUGCGUCACGUGACCCGCUCUGUUUACCAAAAUGGUGUUCAUCGCCGUGAUCACUGUUUUACAAACACUUUGCGAUCUAAUUUUCGCAUCGAGGACUUUUGUUUGAGUAUUUUUACUCUCGCAAAAGUCCCCGGGUUAUCGGCCAGUCUGAAGAAGAAACACAUUCGCGAGAGAUCCAUUCGGUUGAGUCAAGUUUUCUUCCGUUGAUAUGCCAAACUCCAUGCUUUGCAGAUCACAUCACAGAUGAUCUUGGAAUCGUAGAGGCACAAAUGGAAAAGAUUCUGGGAAAGAGGUUUUAGAUGCCUGACGGCUGGCUAGUGUAGCAGACGUGCAUCGAGGCCUUGCGUCUUAACGAACAUGGCCACCAACCAAGUGGACUAUCAGUGGGCUUACUCGAUAAUGGAUUCGUCCAGGGUCUCGACUUUCCUCAUAUCGAUAUUGCUGAUCGUAUAUGGGAGUUUUAGAUCUUUGAACAUGGAGCAAGAGGCGCGAGAGAGAGAAAAGGAAAAAGAACGCGCGAAUCUUUUGUCCGGACUGAGUAGCGGUACAGGCAUCACGGACAGUGCCAACAGCGGCAGCGUACAAACACUCGACACGAUGCACGCUCUCUGUCUACCUCUUGGCGCUUCCAUAUCUCUCCUUAUCAUGUUUUUCUUCUUCGAUAGUAUGCAGAUGUUAUUCGCGAUAUGUACCGCAAUCAUAGCGACCGUAGCGUUGGCGUUUUUACUAUUGCCGAUGUGUCAAUACAUAAUACGACCAUGCUCGGACGGGAACAAGAUAUCAUUCGGUGUUUGCGGCAGGUUCACAGGCGCUGAAUUAUUAUCUUUCUCGUUGAGCGUUAGUAUAGUUUGUAUAUGGGUGUUGACCGGACACUGGUUGCUGAUGGACGCAAUGGGGAUGGGAUUGUGCGUCGCUUUUAUAGCAUUUGUAAGAUUACCCAGCCUAAAAGUAUCCACCCUCUUACUCACUGGACUACUUAUAUACGACGUCUUCUGGGUAUUUUUCUCCUCUUACAUAUUCAGCACAAACGUUAUGGUCAAGGUUGCAACGCGCCCGGCCGACAAUCCCGUGGGUCUCGUUGCACGAAGAUUACAUCUGGGCGGAGUAGCUCGAGAAGCACCGAAGCUUUCAUUGCCUGGUAAACUUGUAUUUCCAUCGAUGCAUCAAGCAGGACAUUUCUCGAUGCUCGGCCUCGGUGACGUCGUAAUGCCUGGUCUUCUCUUGUGUUUCGUAUUACGUUACGACGCUUACAAGAAAAGUCAAUUGGUAAUAGGUGGUUGCGAGGCUGGUGUACCACCUCCGAGGCAUCUAAGUCGCAUAAGCUACUUUCAUUGCUCUCUCAUCGGUUAUUUCCUCGGUUUACUCACUGCCACCGUAAGCUCCGAAGUUUUCAAAGCCGCCCAACCCGCCUUACUUUAUCUCGUGCCCUUCACGCUGCUACCCCUACUCACGAUGGCAUAUCUCAAGGGCGAUUUGCGGCGAAUGUGGAGCGAACCUUUCAUAUCUCAUCCACCGUCGAAGCACAUGGAAGUUUGACAACCGUCGUGACUGGUAAAAAGUACUAUGAAAAAAAUGGUACGAAGAAAACCGUAAUCACAUUUGCAAUAAUCGUCUCACAACCUCGUUUCCUUAAUUUCCGUCGAUAUCAUAUUUAUGUAAGUAAUUCAUGAUUUUAUUAUUUUCUUUUACCAUUCGAUAGUCGCGCUCUCUCCCUUUCCAUUUCGCUGUAUCUUAUAAACUCGCUGGUCUCUUUACCAUCGCUCUCUAUCGUCGUCCGGAUCGACGAUAUACGAAAAAAGUGUAUAAAAUCGUCGGACAUUAACGAACAAAUUUGCGUUUAUUAGUCAUUAUUUCGGAGAAGAAAAACUUGGCGUACAAUUUAUUUUAUAUUUCGCACAAUCGGACUAAGUCCAGAGUAGAAUUCAAAAAACUGAAGGAUUCGAAGAAAAUCGAGCUCCGAUGAACAACGUCGAGCAACUUUUUUUUACUGUACGAAAUUAUCGUUUUUUGUGGGAUCUCGUUACAAAAAAGUUUUUUAAAUAUUUUUCUUUAUUUUAUUUUCCUCGAUCGAACAAACUACCUAGUUUAUUGAGAGAUUCCCAAUCUUUCUGUAUUUCAAACCAGUGAAUAGAAACUAAAAGAAUGUAUAAAUUAUUGUCACAAAAAGUAGCUAAUUGAAACGUACGUAACGAACGAGUCGUUCCAGAUUAAAUUUUCGGAGGAUUCGUAAAUUUAAUUUUGCGACGUACGAUAACGAAGAAAGCAUUGAAUCACAACAAACCUAAUAAUAAUGUGCGUGUAGGUUGUGAAUUUACGUUUAAACGUUUGCUUUGUUACGCGAAGCGAAAGCAACAAUUGUGUACAUAACUCUUAUACUAUGUAAUUAUAUUCCUUGUUUUUUUUUGUAUUUUUGUUUUUUUUAAAUGCUAUUUUAUUAAUUUUAUUUAAAAUAUAUAAGCGAGGGUCUUGCAGCUGUGAUUCGCUGUUGGCAAUUUAUAAUGAAAAAUGUGAAAAAUCUUGCGAAACUGAAUAAUUUUGAGAAAAGGGAUAGUUCCCGUUCGUUGACGAUAAUUAUACCUAGAAAUUUAAGAGCCAAGAGACCUACUGGAACUUUUCGUUCGAGUUCUCGCAAAGACUUUCGCCACUCACACACUCACACACGGACUCACACGCUCGCUUUAUCAACGAGAUCAUCCUCUAUUCGUUAAUCCCCGAUCAUGGAUGGGGCAGCCAAGUGAAAUACGAAAAAACAACUAAAAAACGGUUAAUACUAAAAACGAACAUACUUUAUAUUUUUUAUUUGAUCACAAGACUGAGCAAGAUGUAGGAAUGCCAAUUUAUUUAAGAGGACUCUCUGAUAAACCAAACUCUGGUGAGGUGCUCCGGGAUUAACAAUUUUUAACCUCGAACCCCGUUUUAAACUCUCUCGAAGUUUGACGAUUUUUUUUCUCUUCAGUGAUGUUGAAUUUUUUGUGGAUUAGUCGACACUCGUUGAAGUUUUUUUUGGGAUUUCAAAACAGCACGUUCAAUCGUCUAUUCUUUAUUUUUCAAUCGAUCGAUUUUCUUCACCAUUAUUUUUUUCUAUAUUUCACCUGCAUUUUACUGAGAGCCCAAAAAAAACAUGGAAAAAUCGUCAUUGUUCAAAUCUGCGAAUAAAAUUAUGGAAAACUGAUUUUAAAAAUGUGGAUGCCUGGUAAAAAUUCUUAAGAGAUAAUAUUUGUAAAUGGAAAAGGCUUCAGUGGAAAACUUUCGGUUGAAGCGACAGAGAAUACUCUGUAAAAAUGACUUUUUAAAAUCCCUGGUAUCCGUUUCAUCAAAUGUGUUUACGCGUCAUUGAAGGGAGAAAAAAAAUCCCGAAAAGUACAACUUUUCGAGGGUUUUCAUUGAGGUAUCCUUCUCAACUCGAUUCAUUCAUGCCCUCGAACAUUCUCUGAGCCAGUGUAAAAUCUAUCAUGAUCAUCAGUCGUGCAAAUACCAAACUCAUGAAAACGACUAACCGAAAUCGAUGCGAAAACGUAAUAACAAACGGAGUCAACCAGCCAAGACUAAUUAGUGAUAAUUUUGGAGAUCCUCUUACAUGUACGACGCAAUAAUUUUCCAAGCAUCUCUAUCGACUAUGACAUUCUUCCCAUCCCCUUAAUCGUUUAGGGCUGUCCGACCCGUCCAUGGCGCAAAGUCGAAUCGCUGUCCACCUUCUCUGCCCCAACUCCUCCACGCAUUUUUAUUUUUAUCUUUGUUUAUUUUAUUUUUUAAUAGUAAUAAUUUGAAAAAAGAUUUAUAAAUUUGUUUGAUAAACACGUAGAUUAAAUUCUACGGUAUUUGUACUGUAAAAACGAAUGAAAAAAGUGGUCGAGUGGUAGAAAAAUUUUUUUUAUUAGUGUCUCAAUUUCUUCCGAUGACGACACGUGAUCGUAUAAGACUAAAGUUUAAUUAUCUCUCUAUACAUACAUCCAUAUACAUAUAUAUAUAUAUAUUUAUACGAUAUUUCUAAACGAAUUGACAAGGAAGAAAUUGAUCUCCCAUCACAAUUGGUUUUGUUUCGUAGACUUUUUAUGGAUCACGCAUUUUGAAGUAUUUCAAACGAGUCGAUUUUGUUUCUAACGGAGGCGUCGGCGUGCCAGAGAUUAUUUGGGAACAUAAAUUAUUCGAUUGCAACGAAAUUUCGUAUCUGUGUCGCAUUAAAACGAAAAUAAACGAAAUUUUUCAACAUACUCGAUUCUUCGCUUGUCCAAAUUUCAUAGAAAAUACUCGGCCUAUUUUCGUAGUACGAAUGUGGAAAAAAGGGAAAAUAAAUUCGUGGUAAGAGACAGAAGGAAUUCCGUUGCACUUUAACAAUUUGAUCGAUUCUGCUCUUCUUUUUAGCCUCUGCCUUUUCUUAUUCCCUCUCUCUCUCUCCCAUUUUAAGUCGAUCCAAAUUUACAAUUAUUUUGAUAUUCUCAUUGAAAAUGAGAGACGUGAAUGUUCCCCUUCUUCACUCAAAUUGCCAAAGAAGUCAAAUCUUCACGAUUCUGUAUCAACAUCAGCAGGUGUUCGUCUUUCACGAAACCCGCGAACGCUUCUCACCUCGAACUGUCUCUCUUGUACAUAGAUUUUUAAAGCGUGGAGUAUAUUAUUGUAUUAUUAUUUACGGAACAAAUGAGGAAAAUAAUAAAUAGAGCGUGACCUCUCGUUGGCAGUUUGAGGAAGAUGGAAGGAUUUGUGGAUGUUUUUGUUCGUUGCCGAUUGACGAAUCGAUUGACGAACAAAAUGAUCAGCGAAAAUAAAAUCCCGAAAUAAAUUGAAUUUUGUGCAGUGAGAGUCACACGCAGAAUUCUUCGUCACCUUACGCAUUUCUAUUUAUUUUUUCACAUCGGGAAUUUCGUGAUUAUUACCACGCAAGAGGAAAAAAAUGAAAAGAAAACCAACGUAUAUAUAUAUAUAUAAAAAGAUUGUUAUUUCCUUCAAUUUUCCUUUUCGCUCUUCGUCGAAUAGACAAAAGAAAAACAGAAAAUAUCACUCGAGUUUCCUAUCUCCUUCCCUCCCCGCCCCUCCCACCGCCCUGGCCAAUCACCGUAGUUCUUUUUUACAAGGAGAAACAAGGACAAACAUAAUACUGUAGAAGUUAUUGAUGGUCAUAAGAGACGUUUUAAGAACUCGAUUCCCGGUGAAGUGCCGAGAGUUAAUCGGGCACGACGUCGAAUAGCCAAUGUACGAUGAGGCGCGAACGAUGAAAUUUCAUCCCGCUUGCGAGGAGAAUUUAAGAAUCGAGACGAGGGAGCCCGCAUCGUUCGUCUCGACAAACGUCAAAACGCGGAUGAUCGUUUUUCAAAUGACUAUUAAAAUUACAAUAACCGUUGGACUCGACUCCACCGUGAAUCGAGGAGAGAGAAAAAAAAAAUAAACACGAGAAAAGAAAAUGAAAAUAUAACUUAAAGAGUCUAUAAAUUUAGAGCAAGAAAAUAAGAAGAAAUAACAAAACCGAAGAAAAAUUCACGAUAGGAUGAACGAACAAAUACAGGUUUAAGCGACUAAAAAGAUGAGAGCAAAAAAACAAUUGCAAAGGUAACUCUUAAAUAGAAUGUAAUUAUUGCUAAAAGAAAAUGAAAA